AUCAAGCGUUUAAACAAUGUGUCAGUAGCCUACCAUUAGUACCAAUGGUCAGAUUUAUUUUAGGUUUUGCAUCACAGUUUGUCAAUAAAGAGUGUGACGUGUAAAUGUAAUGUAAAACUUUAGUACAGCUUUAAUAUUAACAAUCGUUACAUUGUAUUUCUAAAGCAAUACGUUUAGUGGAGACAAUACCACACAAUGCAUGCAGCCACUCCAUACAAGUUUCAGGUGUACGUGAGCACCUUGUUAUAAAAAAGAAAGUGCAUGAAGUGCAUGCUGUUGGGUAAUAAUGUUUAUUACCGAUGACUCUGUGAAUGGGCUUGCUUUCAAAGUUUUCUGCCCUUGGGCACCGUUGAGUUGUUCUCAUAUCUGUCAGCGGUUAGGUUUCGCUCAUUGCUGAUUCACGUGGUCAGCUUUUAUAGCACGUCAUUGUUUUGGCUUUAUUUGCCAGUGGGAGGUGACCGUCUGACGAUAGAAAGUCCCUCCAGAUGGGUUGCAUUAAAAAGGGUUCCUCUGUUAAGCUGUCAUAGUUGCUUCUGGAUACACUAACAGAUGAGGACCAAGAGUAUGUCAGCUGAGUUAUGUGUGUUGGAAUCAACCAGAGGGCUUUCUAAUUUUUACACCACAUUCAUUUUGUUUCCUUGCGGUUCUCAGGGAGCUCGGAUGCAGGUCUGCAAGGGAUUCCUGGAUGGGAAAAGGCAUAGCAGCGAGCUCUCUUCCUGCAGUCUGCCAGAAUAUAAUGACUUGGAGGCUGCUGAAGCUUUGGUCUGCAUGAGCUUCUGGAGUCAGAUGUCUCCAAAACCCAACGUCUUCAAACCUCGCCCUCUCACACCAGCGUCAGACUCUUGCGAUUCUGUUUUGCAACCUGAACCGCCGGAGACUCCGAAGGACUUCGUCUCACUAUCCUCCCUGUGCAUGACACCACCUCACAGCCCCAGUUUUACUGAGAUCUCCAACACUACAGCAGUGCCGGGUUCUCCUUCCCCAUUGGCCCAACCGUGUCCCAGCCUCCUCAGUGCAAGAUCUGCUUUUCCCACCAUAACUUCCAUCCCCCAGAUGGCUUCUUCUGGACACUGUACAGAGAAGACCACAUCUCCACCCUGCAGAGCAAUGGCAACCAGCGUAAUACGCCACACGGCCGACAGCUCCUUGUAUCAAAACAUUCCACAAGCCGUGUACCCAUCAAAGACUGAUAAACAGCUGGUUGAGGUUCCUUCAGCAACGCCUUCACACCCCUGCCAACCCCAGAAAGACAAAACAACAGAAUGCCAUAACACCAGCACGCCCCCCUCCAAAAUCGAUACGCUUUCGACUCCUCAAUCACCACCCCCAACACCAAGCCCACCAAUCAUAUGCCAGAUGUUCCCGGUGGGGCAACCAGGAGUCAUCUCGGCCACGUUUAUUCAGAAGCCCAGCCCUGGGGUGAAGUCUAUCUUACCACAGCCUCUCUUGAUGGGCUCUCCAAUGCCUCAGGGGACGGUGAUGUUUGUGAUGCCCCAAUCGCCAGUGUCUUCUGCGCCACAGUGCCCACAGACUGUUAUGACUCUGGGCAACACCAAGCUACUGCCCCUGGCUCCAGCACCUGUCUAUGUGCCUUCAGGCCAAAGCAUUGCCAUGCAGGUCGACUUUUCACGGAGACGCAACUACGUCUGCAAUUUCUCAGGCUGUCGGAAGACAUAUUUCAAGAGCUCUCACCUGAAGGCUCAUCUGAGAACUCAUACAGGUGAGAAACCAUUUAGCUGUAACUGGGAAGGAUGCGAUAAGAAAUUCGCCCGGUCUGAUGAACUCUCCCGGCAUCGGCGAACACACACAGGCGAGAAGAAGUUCGUCUGUCCGGUGUGUGACCGGCGGUUUAUGCGUAGCGACCACCUCACCAAGCACGCCCGUCGGCACAUGACCACCAAAAAGAUGCCUUCCUGGCAAACGGAGGUGCGAAGUAUGAAUAAGAUCACCACAGUUAAAGCCUUGCCCCAUGGGACAGCACUACCAGUCAGCAUGUUGCUUCCAGCCUCAAACUAAGUUAAAUUGAGCCUGAACUGUUACUGACAUUAUACAGGGACAUCUGAUAUGAGGGCAUGCCUGCUGAUUCUCUCACGGGCGAAAACACGAUUAUGCACUGGACUCUUUAUUUCGCUGCUUAUAUUUCGCACUCUACAAUGAAACUUUUUGUUUACUAUUGUGUGAAAGAUUAAUGCACUCUUUUGCCAAAGUCUUUGUACUAUGUUUGUCUUAAAAGAAAUUAUUGUUUUUCUUCCUUUUUUACAUUUAUAUGUACAUAUCCAUCAAAAAUGUAUGAUAUGCUAAACUACGUAUAAUUAAAAAAAGGAAAAUUAGUAUGUAAAAAUGUAUAUGUGGAUAAUUACCUACACUGUGAGUAUCAUAUAAUACUCUUUUAUUUAAUACUCUUUUUUUAAUAAACAAUGAAGAAUA